AUGUUUGCUCACCCCGUCGUGAAUUUCGGCCUUGGUUCCAAGGAGCUCAUGUGUAAGUCACCCCCACCCCUCCACUCCCUCCGCAAACACCCCCACCACCACCAUUGUCAUCAUCGGCACCGGCAUCUCCGCCGUCUCCGCCGCCUACUCCCUCCUCGCCCUCACCCCGCAACCACCCGCCUCAUCGCCCUCGACGCCCGCCGCGUCUGCGACGGCGCCACCGGCCGCAACGGCGGCCACUGCAAGCUCGUGCCCCACGAGGAGCUCGCCAAACUCACCCCGCGCUUCGGCCAGGCCAGGGCCGCCGAGCUCGUGCGCUUCCAGAGGAGGCACAUCGCCUGCCUCGCCGCCGUCUGCGCCCUCGUCGAUGCCCAGCUGGGAGAGCCGGCGGAUCCGCCGCCCGACGUCACCGCUGCCGGUGGGGAUUCCCGUGACGAUGAUGAAGGUCGCGAGACCGAGUUUCGCGACGUGGAGACGGUGGACAUCUAUCUCGAAGCAGGCUUGUUCGACGAGGCCAAGGAAAAGGUAGAGACGUUGCGCGCAGUCAUGCCAGAGAUUGACGUUCGCGUCUGGGAGCCCCCGAGGCUAGAGAGCCCCGACUAG